CACCUUUUUGAUUCCGUCAACAUCCCAUUUUUGUUAUUUGUUUCUAAAUCUUCUGUCUCGUUAAAAGUCCAUAAAAGAAAAUUAAACAUGUGUGCUGAACCUCGUUGUGGCAUCAAGACUGAACGGGUACGGUGCGAUGUCUGCCGUACCAUCAACUUGGCUAAACACGUGAAGCAUCCCAAACCAGAUAUGCAGAUGUAUGAAAAAUGUGCCCCACGCGAAAAGUUUUGUCCCCAACCAGAUAUUCCGUUGCAUCCGACUUGCAUCAAAGUUUGCAGCAGACACGAAUACAAGAUGAAAAAAUCUGGUCAAACUGUUGCUAUACCCAGAAUGCCUUACUACGUCCACGGAAAGCUUUUGUACGCCAUCAAAGCUGGCAUCAUAGUAGGUUCCCUUUACUUCACGUACACGCAAGGAGUGUGGGGCGACCAACGAGAAGUCACAGAAUGCCUUCGCCGUUGGUCGGAAUACCUGCGCAGCAUCAACACUAGACGCCCACCCGUCUUUGAUCAGUGUGGUAACGUCAUUAAAAAGGACACAGUGGAGACUAUGGCUGGACCCUUGUAUUCAAUCUACAAAAGCGCCGUGACGACUUGUUUCGCUGGUGUUGUCAAGGUGCCGCUACUCAUCAAAUGCGCCUACUUUGACUACCUAAAGGCUAUGGAGAAGAAAAAAAUGGAAGAAGAAAUGGAAAGGAAAUUAAAGAAAAAGUGAUUUAAAAAAUAUUACCAUAUUCAUAUAAGCCGAGGGUUUAGUAGGUUUUGUAUUGUUCACAAAAUUGACAAGUGCACAGUUGAAUUGUAACGAGACUAGUAACAGCAAAAUGUUCCUAUAAUGUAAAGUAAAAGUGGUACGUUCAUCAUUUUGGUACAAAUGUGUAAGAAAAGGUAACAACCA